GCACACAACCCAGAAGCUCAUGCAUGUAACACUAAACUAUGGUUUACAUGUUGUGUAAGACAACUUUUUGUCUCUUCAUUGGAACGUGAUUACCACAUUGCCAGCUCUGUUGUCCUCUGUGCUAUUUUAACAUUAACACCUACAGUAAUCUAAAAUGGAGCAGGUGAAACUUUUCUAUCAGUGCAUCUCCACACCUGGAAACACUCACUAAAUUUUUGCCUAGCAGGCUGUUAAAGACAUAGGGCGUUUUUUGUCAUAUUUCACUGGUUCAACAGCAGAAGCUGUCCUUAGACCAGGAUAGCUUGACCAUGAUAGCUCAGGCAUUGGGAAGUUCAAGACUAGAUUAUUGCAAUAUGCUCUGUAUAUGCCUUCCCUUGCACUUGGUCCAGAAACUGCAGAAUGCUACAGAACGAUUGCUGACAGGAGUCAAACAUCUCAGUUCAAAACAUCUGCCAAUUUGUUACCAGGCCAAAUUCAAGGUUACUGGUUUGCUAGCUUCUCAGUGGAACAUCCCCAUGUUUGGGUUUGUUGGCCGUACUGCCAAGCUGGAUGACUCCUUUGUUUAUGACACUUAUGUCAAUCUUGUCUCCCCUCUGCAAAUGAUUGGGGAAGCGCUGCAUAAAACUCUUCAGUAUUUUGGAUGGAGAUACGUCAGCCUCUUUGGAAGCUCAAGUGAUGUUUUCACACGGGCUGAAACAGAGGAAUUGUGGACAUCUGUAGAAAAUCAACUCAAAAACAACAUAAUCACUGCUAAGGUGAGAUACAACACAAAAGAUCAAAGCCUUCACCAAGAAAAGCUCAACUAUGUAUCAUCUGUUGCCAGAAUUAUUGUUUUAAUCUGCAGUUCUUUGGAUGCAAGAUCCAUUUUGUUAGAGGCCAAAAAACUAGGUAUGGCAAGUGGCUCAUAUGUGUUCUUUGUCCUGCAACAGUUUGAGGACAAUUUUUUGAAAGAGACUUGGAAUAAUGAGAACAGCAGCGUUCUAGAUGCCUAUCAACCUGUGUUUCUGAUAGCUCUCAGGUCUUACAGAGAUUACAAGGCCUAUUCUGAAUUUAUAAAAGAGGUCCAUGGCAAACUGAAGGAGAAGCAGCCCUCUUACAGUUUUUUUUCUUCACAAGAAGAGGUCACAUUCACAACUGUAAGUUCUUAUGCGGCUUACUUGCAUGAUGCUGUUUUGCUUUAUGCAUUAUCCAUAAAAGAAAUGUUAGACGGGAAUAAAGAUUUACAUGACGGAAAGACCCUUGUCAACACUUUGAGAGGCUACAAUAAAAUUCCUAUGUAUGGCAUUACUGGCCCAGUCCACAUUGAUCAAUUAGGUGAGAGGAACAUGGAUUAUUCUGUGUAUGAUCUCCAGGAAUCUGGCAACUCAACUCUCUUCAUUCCAGUUCUUAACUUUGAUAGUGUCAGGAAAACAAUCAGCCCAACCAGAGAAAUUGACUACAUCAGUUGGUCAAAUGGAGAAAUACCUAAAGAUAAACCACUAUGUGGGUUUCACAAUGAACACUGCAAAACUCCAGUUACCAAAGGUUCAGCCCUGAUUGCUAUGAUCAUUCUUCUGCUAAUAACGGUAUUAGGGGCCAUUGGUGUGGUAACGUUUAUGAAGAGCCAUAAGGGGAACCUUCAAAGACAAAUCAAUGAUAUCUGGUGGAGAAUUAAUUAUGAGGAUAUCAUCAUUUUAAAUAAUAAUAAGGAAAACUUUGAUCUAUCUCAAGCAAGCACGCCAGUGUCCAAAGAAACAGAAAACUCCGGUUCCCAUUUGUUUAUUUCUAAUAAUAAUGACUCCAAAUUGGACAAGCAAGGGGAAGAAGUAUUUUAUACCACAGUAGGACUUUAUAAGGUGAAUAGGGCACAAACUGCCCAACAGAAUAAAAGACAGUAUAAGUCACAGGAUUCACAGGGAAAUCUUGUUGCCCUCAAAUACAUUAAUAAUCAAACAGAUACCUGGAUACAGAAACAAUCAAUUCUACAGGAGAUUCAGGUGAUGAGAGAACUGAGACAUGAGAAUCUGGUGGUCUUCUAUGGGAUAUGUCCUGAAGCUCCAAACAUGUGCAUUGUAAUGCAUUACUGCAAGAAAGGAAGCCUAAAGGAUGUUUUGAUGCAUUCUGAUAUUGAACUGGACUGGAUAUUCAAAAUCUCUUUUGCCUAUGACAUAGUCAAUGGUAUGUUGUUCAUCCACAACAGCCCUCUGAAUUCUCAUGGAAACUUAAAACCUACUAACUGCCUGGUAGACAGUCGCAUGCAGGUGAAGCUGUGUGGAUUUGGGUUGUGUGAAUUGAAAUAUGGAAAGAAAACCAGGGUAAUUGCUGAGGAGGAUACUAGUUAUGAAGAUCUCUACUGGACAGCCCCUGAAUUGCUAAGAAUGGGGGAAUAUCCAUUCCAUGGCACCCAGAGGGGGGAUGUUUACAGCUUUGCUAUAAUUAUAAGAGAACUGAUUUACAACAAUGAGGAUGGACCAUUCCAAGACCUAAGCAAGAAUGCAGAAGAGAUAAUAAAAAGAAUCAAGGACCCGAAUUCUCCUGUUCCACUACGCCCCUCUCUUUCAACGGAGAAAUGUAAUGAAAGGAUUGUUGCACUUUUGAAGGCAUGUUGGGAUGAAUAUCCAGAGAGGAGGCCAACAUUCUCCAAUGUAAAGAGAGCACUGAGAGAUGCCAGUCCAGAAGGCCAUUUCAGUAUCUUGGACAACAUGGUGAAUAAGCUGGAAAAAUACGCAAAUCAUCUGGAGGAAGUAGUUGAAUCAAGGACAACUCAGUUGAUGGCAGAGAAGAAGAAGACAGAAAAGCUUUUAUCAGCCAUGGUACCUGGCUUCAUAGGAGAACAGCUUGUUGCUGGGAGAUCAGUGGAACCUGAGAGCUUUGAUUCAGUCUCCAUUUUCUUCUCGGACAUUGUUGGCUUCACCAAGUUGUGCUCUCUCAGCUCUCCGCUACAGGUUGUGAAUCUCCUCAAUGACCUCUACAGUCUGUUUGAUAACAUCAUUAAAACAUAUGAUGUCUACAAGGUUGAAACCAUUGGAGAUGCUUACAUGGUUGCUAGUGGCCUCCCCAUUCGCAAUGGGAAGAAACACGCUGAGGAAAUUGCUACCAUGUCUUUGCACUUUCUCAGUGCAAUCAUUUCCUUCAAGAUUAGGCAUAUGCCAAAUGAGAAGCUGAGGCUGCGUAUUGGUAUUCAUACAGGACCUGUUGUUGCAGGGGUGGUGGGCAUCACAAGACCUCGUUACUGCCUGUUUGGAGACACAGUGAAUACAGCGUCAAGGAUGGAAAGUACCAGCUUACCUCUCCAAAUCCAUGUCUCUAUGAUCACAGCAAAUGUUCUUCAAACAAUUGGAGGUUAUGAUUUGCAAGAAAGAGGGACUAUAAAAAUCAAGGGCAAAGGACAGCAAAGAACUUUUUGGCUGAAAGGAAAGGCUGGGCUUAAUAUGCUUCUACCAGAGUUCAGCAGUGAUGUGGAAAGCUGCCCAAAGGGAAAUGAAGAGGAAGGCACAGCUUUCAUCUGCUACUGAAUGUGGUGUAAAGUGGAGUUCCUUGCACGCAACAUGAAAUUUACAAAAUGGAUAUGGAUUAUAAUUAGUAUGAUAUUACCACUGACCACUAUGUGCUUGUCACACUAUUUCAAAAGUAGAAAAUUGACAUGACAUCCUCUAAUUACUAUCAUGAGUCAUCAAGAGACUGAAAUAUUUUUGCUAUACCACCUUUGAAGAAGAAAUCCUUACACAAUGACUGUCUAAAUGGCAGUUAGCUUAGCAUCGCAUGUGGAAACAAUAAUAGCUUUGGAGUCCAGAUACAUCAACAUACAUUCGGUGAUCAUGAUGGAGGCCAUCUUCACAUUCAAACUCUUGCCCUGUGCAGUACAUAGUUGUGUCAAUUAUUAUUUGCAGUGGCACUGUCAUUUUUUGGAAACAUUAAACUAGAACAAUCAGAAUACUUAUCCCUAGGCUCAAAACAAAUUAUCUCUAAACAGUGGAGAAACUGGACUGUUUUAUGGCAAUAGUCAACCUUCCGCAUGGUCUUAAUCCAAACCAACCUAGGGCAAUGUCAGAGGUGUUGGGAUAAAUAAUAUAUUACCUUUUAAGCUUUCAGCUGGGGUGUGGGAACUGACAAAUGCAUUUCAGUUCUGCAGACAAGUGGUUUGUAAAGAAGAUUUUUGUUCCACAGUGACACCUGACAUGCACAGUGAGAAUCAUAAGAGACAUUAAUUAACAAACUCUCAAGGAGUUCCCCCCCAUUUCAUUAUUAUUUAUUAAACUGCAACAAUCUGCUCUUUCCAUACUUGUAUACGUUCAAAAUCUAAAUUUUAGAAUGUAAAAUUGUGAUGAUUGAAAGGGAGAUGCAAGAAUUCAAUUUAAAGUGAGGAAAGGUGCAUCUGGAGAUUUAGGAGGACUUUUCUCCACCCAAUUUCCUCGUAUAAACCAGUAUAAUAUUUGCAAACCCAUAUUUCUUGCACACAUAUAUUAUAUCUUCUAAGCAUAUAUGUAAAUAUAAUAUAGGGUGCAGCCCUAAAGAUCAUUUAAGAUGCCAUAGUUAUAUAGUUGAAUAGCUUGCUAUUUACACUGGUAAACAUGAGCAGCAGGUUAAAUCAUGUGUGAGGUAUAUUAGCUUUUUUAAAUCAUUGUCCUGGCUAGUGAAAUGCACAACUAAGGUUGCAAGCCUAUGCACACAUAUUUACUUUCACCUAAAUAUGCAUAGGCUUGUGAGACACAGCUGGAGCACUAAGAAGAGUUAGUUAGAAGUAAAUUCCUUUAAAUUAGAUUUAAAUGUAUUAACAAUUUAAGUGCCAAUCUGGUGUACGUAGAACAACUAUUUCAAAUGUGAAGAAUGAAUGCAAUAUGAUGUGAACUAGAAAAAGUCAGAACCUAUUAUGCCGUUUUAAAGAUUUCAAAAUCUAAAUGUCAUUUUUAGAAUUUCAGGGUUGAACUGCUGAAUUGCUGAAAUCUUGAUUUUAGGAAAAAAGAGCUAUGUUUCAUUAGAUUAAUGCAAUGUUGAAAACUUACUUGAAAUGAAAUUGGAAUUCCCCCUUCCCCACUCUCAAUAUUAAAAUUUCAGCCUGCAUGAAGAAUGUUCAUAAGAACAUGACUGCUUCUGAAUCAGAUCAAAGCUGUAGCUAGUUCACCGUUAUGUUUCCAACAGUUAUCAGACAUUUCAUGAACUUGGCUUAGAUAUAUCAAAAUAUGACAAAAAAUCUACCUAAUGCAACUGAGUAAUCAUUAAAAAUUCGUUAAAACAGAUCAAUCAAAGAGUUUCAGCAUAUCAGAGUUUGACUCCACCCCCCAUUUUUCCUUAUUCUAGAAA